AUGGUAGUGCGGUUCUCUAAAGCUUUGGAUAAAUAUGGUCCUCCUCCGUUCCGCUUUCAAAAUAUGUGGUGCUCGCAUGAAAAUUUUCUUCGGGUAGUGCAGGAGGUUUGGUCGGAACCAGUGGCUCAAUCGGGACUCUGUAAGCUGGUGGCUAAGUUAAAAAAGAAAAAAGCAGUUCUGAGGCAUUGGAAUGUUCAUGUCUUUGGCAGUGUGGAUUGUAAUAUUAAGAACCUGGAAGAUCGCUUAGACUUACUUGAAAGUCAGAUGCAAAAUGGGUAUAAUGAUGAAUUGGAAAUGGAAUACUUGGUAUCAAAGAUAGAACUUGAAACCUGGGAAAGGAGGGAAGAAUUGAGGCUUGCUCAAAUUGCCAAGGAAAAAUGGUUGGCAGAAGGAGACAGCAACACAGGUUUUUUCCAUGUUGUAUUGAAGCAACGGCGCAAGUCUUCUUUAAUUUCCUCUAUGAGGCUGGAAGAUGGUUCUUCAUUGGUGUCUCCGGAGGAAGUUCAUGAAGGAGUUGUUCGUUAUUUUCAAAAUUUUCUAACAGAUUCUGGGGAGAGGGAGCCGUCAGAAAUGGAAGUGAAAGAUACCUUCAGUUCUAUUCCUAAAACUAGCAGUUCAGGACUAGAUGGUUUCGGCUCGGCAUUCUAUUUGACGUGUUGGGAGAUUAUCGAGAAGGAUUUAGUUGAGGCGGCAAGUGAUUUCUUUAGAGGGACUCCUCUCCCUCCUUUUUUCACUUCAUCUUUCUUUGCGUUGAUUCCGAAAAAGGAGAUGAUUGACACAUCAUGGAUUUUCAGAGUAUCUUCCAACUUGAUAGCUCCUGAGAUCCUAUUUUGUGUUGCAUCCAGUGGCAGUUUGAUUCUACAGCCUCCUGUAGUAGACGCCUAG